GGUGCGCAUGCGUGAGCUAAAUAGCUCCACCAUUUUUCACUUCUUUCUCUUCCCAAAACUGAAAGUCGCAACAGUGUUACUGCUAUGCUCAAUUAGUGGUGUUAUAGUGAAAGUGAUAUUUUAUAUUAGUUGAACAGUAGACUCGUAGUUUUGUGCAAACAUGUCGCCCAAGUUACCCGUGCCGCCUCUACAGGAGAUUACACUGUCGCUGGUCGCGAGACAGCUGAUCCACGCCCUGUCUCGCGUUUCAUCCGACGAGGAUGCCGCGCUGGAGUUCGCGAUGGUCUCCUCGUAUUACGAGAGCAUGGGUGCAACCACCGACAUAUUCCAGGAUCUCGUUAACCUAAUACUUAGCUCCGAAUACUUGGAACCGUCUGUUAGAUUCUACACAAUGAAACUUCUGCUCAAAGAAAACGUCAAGAGUUUAGCGACGGGGAUAUUUCCCCUUCCCUAUUAUAGGAAAGUCCUUGAGCUCAUUAUGGAGCAAGGCCACCACUUGACUGCUCUCAAUCUGAAAGGAGUGUGGGUCAAGGAGGAUCAUUUACCAAUAAUGUAUCAGUUACUAAAAAAUCUGCCCAAUUUAACCGCCUUGAAUAUUCCCUAUAUUGCUAAUGAUGAAGUGCUCAAAUAUAUUGGUAAAUAUAAUAAAGUGCUGAAACUUUUGGACAUUUCUGGUGAAACGGAUAUCACAGAGAUUGGUAUAGACGCGAUGUUAAGAGGAAACCCGCAGUUAACACAAAGUCUGACCGUAGUAAACAUAGGCAUGUACGGAGAGGAGAACAUUGAUCACACUGACGUCGCUUUAUUAAUACGGCGGCUGCCAAACCUCACUAAUCUUGGCAGUUAUUCGUUUGUUGGUAAAGCUGUUUACUCUAUUUACAACACAGAUCCAGAUUUCAAAACAAAACUGCAAUAUAUGCAUGAUGUUCAGACAAAUAUGCGAACGAUGAAGGCGAUUAUUGCCCUGUGUCCAAUGAUAGAGACGAUUUACCUCGAAGAGCCAGACCAAGGAGUUUUGCAACAAAUCAAAGAAUUAAACAGUGUUAACAAGAUUAAGUUGAACAAAUUCCAAUGCCACGAGCUGCACCAGCUGUUAGAUAAGAUUGGACAUAAAAUAGAAGCAUUGAUGCUUUCGGCGUCGACGGGGUCAUUCAACUUCACGAGGGUAGCGGAAACUUGUAGGAACCUGGAGAGUUUAGAGUUCUACCAGAUACAGACAGCAACACAUGAAGAAGAAAUACCGUUCAAUAGUUUGGAACAUAUAGAAAUAAUUCACGGUAACUUGUCGACGUCCUGUCUCAAGUAUUUGAUGACUGGUACUCCUAAGCUAAAGAAAUUGAUCAUCGGCGAUGAGAUUAAGUUGGAUGACAAUGAUAUGUCUCGCAUGCUUCGCCGGUACAAAUUCGACAACCUAGAAGGCAUUUGGUUCCCCAACGCUCCUCGUUUGACAAGUCAAACCGUGGACUUACUGAUCGAAUGCUGUCCCAAGCUGACGAGCCUGGGUCAGUUGAGUGGCUGGCAGUUUACGCCAGACGACAUGAUGUUAAUGAGAGCUAUCACAGCAAGUACCAACACAGAUAUAGUGUUGUCACCUCUGGGUAUAUUCCAACAGGGACGUUAACUCUAAAGAGGUCGGUAUGGUUUUGUGCAUUUGUUUUUUUUUAUAAGCUGGUGGGAUAGUGAAGUUUCGAAUAAAUGGGGAAAUAAAUGAAUUAUUUAUUUUGAAGCUAAUGGUAUUUUUGGCUAUCCUUAUUUAUGAUAGUACAAAGCAUUUUUGGUUAAGUGUAAUUUAUUGUAGGGUCUCCGAUUAAAUCUUGUAAUUCUAUAAAUGGAUGUACGAAUUUGUAUUGUAACAGUCGAUUAAUAAAUUGUUAUUUAUAAUUAUCUAGUCAAGAGCUGUAAUACUUAUACAAAUGUAAUUUAUUAGUCAUCAGAGAAAUGUGGAAUUAACGCAAAUAAAUAUUUUUAUUACGUUUUAA